AUUGAAAAAUCUAGUUCCAUCACUCCAUGCCUCUUAAGCAGCUGAAAGCGUAGCUUGAGCUCAUCUAUUUUCCUCAUCCUCUUCCAUUUUCAAGCCAUAACCCCCCUCCAAAAAUAAAAUAAAAUAUACUCGGAGUGAUUAAUUGAAUUUAUUAUUAAGAAUAUAAUAAAGUGCCUGUGGUUGUUGGGUGCUUGCAGUGCGCGGCAAUGAAGACCAUGGCAAUUGCCUACUCGCCCCCUCUGUUUUCGCCCUUUUUAAAUGUCAAUUUAACAAGGUUAUCUUCUUCUCUUUUAUUACCAUUUUGCCACUCCUCUUUCUCUCCGACUCUCAGUCGUUGUCGUCGUCGACCUCGCUUUCUUUCCAUGGCUUCUCCAACCCAGUCUUCCAAUCAGGCUGUGUCAACUGGGGAUGUUAACACUGAUGCCGAUGUCUUCCAGUUGAUCCGAACUCACCAGGAAAAUGCAGCUCGGCUUCCCCCGGUUGAAGAAAUUAGAACUUUGCUUAAUCAGAGCACGCGUGGCAUGCUUUCAACUUUUUCUCAGAAGCAUGAGGGUUAUCCAUCAGGGUCAAUGGUUGAUUUUGCAUGUGAUGCUGAUGGAUCUCCAAUAUUAGCAGUCAGCAGCUUGGCAGUUCAUACAAAGGACCUAUUAGCCAAUCCUAAAUGCUCAUUGCUUGUUGCCAAAGAUCCUGAAGACAGGACAGAUUUAGUAAUCACCCUGCACGGUGAUGCCAUUCCUGUUUCUGAGAAAGAUAUAACUGCAGUUCGAACAGCAUAUCUUGCAAAGCAUCCUGAUUCAUUCUGGGUUGACUUUGGUGAUUUCCAAUUUAUGCGCAUUGAACCAAAAGUUGCGCGAUAUGUUUCGGGAGUUGCAACUGCUUUGCUUGGAUCCGGCGAAUUCAGCAAAGAAGAGUACCAGACUGCUAAAGUUGAUCUAAUUGCUCAGUUUGCCAAACCUGUUGCGUCUCAUAUGAACAGAGAUCAUGCUGAAGAUACAAGACUCAUAGUGCAACACUCGACAUCAAUUCUGGUGGACUCUGCUUAUAUGCUGGAUAUGGACAGUCUUGGAUUCAAUGUUAAGGCUGCAUAUCAAGGAAAAACUUACAAGCUUCGAAUUCCUUUCCCUAGACGUGCAGAAGAUAGAAAGUCUAUAUGUUCUGCCCUGGUUUUGCAGGCCUCCUGGAUGACGGAAUCUUUCAAACAUGCACCAUUUUCAUAUUGUAAAUCACAGAUGGAUGUGAAGACUCUGGUGGUAGAAAUGCUUCAAGCUGCGAAGUCUCAAAUUAACUGAUACCAUGCUGAACAGAUAGGAAGAGGAUUCUGCACGAUGUCAGAAAGUGGAUCCUCAUGUGUAAAUGAUGUGACUGUAUACGAUGUUUCUGGAACACAUCACAGACAAAUACAAACAUCAUAUCUGUGAACUAUACAAUCAUCUGGCUUUUGGUUUGUUCCUCUCUGAACUGUUGACAUUUAUCAUGUUUUCUAAGAGGUAACAUUGUAGAGGGUCAGAAUAGAAAAGAUCUUGUGUAAGUUUGUAAAGAAUGUCCAUUUAUAGUUGUUCGACACUUUUAUUCU